AUGCUCGAGCCGCUACCUCUGCAUCAGCACGAUCCCGACGGUUGGGAUUCUUUUGCCUGCUGGACCGAAGUGACGCUUACCUAUACAAGUUGGAGAGUGGCAUCUUCUUCGUCUUUUCAAGCUUUUAAUUUUGGUUUGGUGCACGAGGAUGGCUCCACUCUUGCUCCAGUCGCUUGCGGCUGUCGCCGUGCUAGGUGCCACGGCGGCGCUCGGCGGGAACACGAGCAAGAACUCGGCCACCCUCUGGAACUCGGAACGACAGAGCAGGAACAACUCCCCAUUUUAGGCAGCGAGAGUGCCCUUGACACCGAAUAUGUGGAAAAAGUCUGCACUGCCAUGAAAGCUGACAAGGCGCCUUCCGAAAAAGCAGCCACACUCACUGCCUAUACCGAAAACACAGCACCGUAUGACAAGGUCCAAAAUGUUUCAUUUAUUUCCCUCUUCAAUCCCAAGGAGAAUGCCAAGGUGGACUGCGCUUACUUCAUCUGCCCAGCAGCAGAAGAAGACGCCGAUGAACCUAAAAAUCGAAAUGAUGAUGAGCCUCCAUCGGAGGACCCUGAGCCUGAGGCUACAACGGACAAGGACCUGAAGGCAAUUCUUUGCAUCACAACGCCGAGCGCCUUGGAGGCAAACAAGGCCCCAUACGAGCAAGCCCAGUGGGAUCGGAUCAGUGCUGCCGUCAACAGCAGCAAUGGCUCAGCGGCAGCGCCUACACUCCUUCUCCUCGCUGCUGCAGUACUUGGCGCCUAUUUUUUCUAA